CGACUCGGCCUUCCUUCGGGACAAGUAGUAUAUUCGUUCUCUUUUGUUUUAGAUGAAAGCAUAUAAGACUAUCGUUGCUUGCUUCGUAUCAGCUACCUCUUCUACACCAUAGUCAUCCAGUGUACAGAACAUACCUAGUUAUACUCGGCCCCAUAUAACACACAUCACACAAGUUACUUGACAACAUAUCAAUACAAUAACAACAAUGCCGGCCUCUAUCCACCGAACGUCUGCAGACCGCCCAUCCACAUCCACCCAAUCUUCCUUCACCAACCAACCCGAAAGCACGACUUCAGCUUCUUCUACAAAAUCUGGACGGAAUCCCCUCCUCAAAGCCCUCAAAGCACCCUUCCAGGGCUGGUCGACAUCACUCCUAGCCGCCAAAGAGGAUCUCGAUGACGAGUACAACUUCGCUAGCGGAAGGAGACGGGGAGCGGAUUACAACUUCCCUAGUGUAGGGAGGAGAGGGUCGGAGGAGUAGAUGAGACUUUGAUAUAAGGAGUCAGAAGGAUGGGAUCGGGCGGAUUGAAAGCGGGCUGGGGAACCACAGGCAGCUGUGACCUAGCAUGCACACCUUCGCAAGUGUGUCUCACCAAGGAAAUGAAGAGAGAUCUGCGGUCAUCGGAGGGGAAGAAGAUGAUACGACGGAAUGAUGUGCUCUAUACCCAUUUCUAUACAGUAAUACCACGACUGGGUUUUCCUCACAUUCUUUCAC